GAAGCGGGACGCCCCUACCGCCUCUACAUUGUCCAGCGCUGUAACGUUACGCGAGGCAGAAAUUUACACUAACGGCUAAUUCUUUUUAUUAACAUUAAUCGAGUUGUGAAGAAAUUGCUCACUGAAGUCUAUUACGGCGGCUUUUGUUACAUGUUAACUGCAAGCUGUUAUUAGCGAAUGCAUAGCUUAUGAAUAUUCAUAGUCAAGCCCUGACCGUACUAGCUUGGGAAAUUUGGGCUUUCGUGUGAGUGUGGUGAAGAUGGCGGAGGAGGAGGAUAGCAGGGCUGAGGCUGUGGCCGUGGCCCUCAGACACAGAUUUCAGGAUCUUAUCUCUGAAUUAAAAAGGAGUUCACAGUCGCCGCUUGACGCAUCCAAUAGUUUUUGUCAGGAUUUCUGCAAAGUUUUGAUGAGUCAAGUACAUCAGAGGAAACCAGAUGAAGAUUCACUGUCUUUGUUAAAGAUGUACACAGUAUCUAUAGUAUGUUUUGCUGAGGCCAGCCCAUUCCUCUGUCCCGAAUGUGAACAUUUCACAGAUGUGCUGGACAAGUUAUCAUGGAGUUGUCUGAAUCUUCUUUUGUCAUUCACUGAACAUAUCCCAGGUGCCUUAUGGGAAGAGCUUCAAACUUCUGUCACGGUGGCUCAUGGCAUCCUUCAGGAACAUGGGAACUCACAGCUUCAUACCCUGUUGACUCUGGUGGAGGAGAGUGGUGUGUGGACCAACAUCACGCUAUGUAGCCUUCUGUCAAAUAACAUGCCUGAUGAAGAGAAAGUUCAUGAGUUUUUAAAACGAGAGGGACCUGAACUUCUGCAUAUGCGUAUAAAGCACCUCAUCAAACAGAAGCUUGUGGACAAAGCUGCAAGGCUUGCAAAGACAUGUGCAGAGUUUCCUGAAUUUGGAGGAAAAAAGAAUUUCAAACAAAUCUACCUCGUAUGUCUAUGUGAAAUAAAUUCACAGCAAGAUCUUAUGCAAGAGAUAAAGGAUGUAGACUGCAAAGAUGCUUUGGACAUGAUUUGCAAUUUGGAGUCUGAGGAAGAUGAGAAAGGAGCUCUCAGUCUUUGUACAGCAUUUUUUAAGCGUCAGCUUCUCAGUGGAGAUGUGUAUUGUGCCUGGGAGUUGACGUUGUUUUGGAGCAAGCUUCUUAUACGACUUGAAUCAAAACAGGCGUUCUUGGAGCAAUGCAGACUACUAGUACAACUGUCUGGGAGUGUGUACCAUAUUCUGCUCCUUAUUAAAGUUGUGCAGGCUGAGGCUGACAAAGAAGGACUUUCAGUGUGUAUUGAAAUGUGCAUUCAAGCACUAAAAAUGGGAGUUCGUGACAAUGAGGACUGCAAUGUUACAGUCUGCAAAACAAUAUCUUGUUUACUGCCUUUAGACAUAGAAGUCAAACGCGCUUGUCAACUCACUGAGUUCCUGAUCAAGCCUUCUGUGGACUCUUAUUAUUCGGUUGAGACAGUCUUUAAUGAACCUGACCAAAAGCUUGAAGAGGAGGAUCCAUCGAUUAUAAACUCACUACGAUGUGACCUGUUGUUGGCCUUAAAGACAAAGUGGCCUUUUGAUCCGGAGUUCUGGGACUGGAAAACUCUAAAACGGCAUUGCAUUUCUUUGAUGGAUCAGGAGGCAGCAGCUAUUUUGUCUGCUGACAAACUUUCUGAUAGUGAAGACAAUGAAGCCCAAGAUCCGACUGAGAAAUAUUUUAAGGAUUUAACACAAAGCCUAACUCAUGAGCCUAGUGAAGUAGAAACGGAAAGAAAGAAAAAAAGGGAAAUGAAGAAGUUGAAAGAGAGGGGAUUUGUGUCAGCUCGAUUCCGCAACUGGCAAGCCUAUAUGCAGUAUUGUGUGUUGUGUGAUAAAGAGUUUCUUGGACACAGGAUUGUGAAACAUGCAUUAAAGCAUGUCCAAGAUGGGAUUUUCCGUUGCCCAAUAUGUGCUGAAACAUUUCAAACUAGGGAUAUUCUAGAGCCUCAUGUAGCAUUGCAUGUCAGACAGUCAUGCAAGGAACGUCUUGCUGCUAUGAAUGCAACCAAGACAUGUCCCAGUUUAGAUACCAAGGCUGGACCAGUGAGCAGUACCUUGAAUAAACAAAAGGACCUCAGCAAGACUGCUGCGCAAGUUAGCCAAGAAACACCACUUUGCAGUAACAAAGCUAACAUUAUGUCAUUAUCUCCAACACAAUGCAGCCCUAUUGGUGAUGUUAACAACACUAAUGAUUAUUCAUGUCCUGUUGCAAGCUGUCAAAAAGGUUUUAAGUACUUCAAGUAUUUGGUUGCACAUGUUAAGGGCCACAGAAAUGAGCAGGAAGCAAUAUGUUUCCUUGAAACGAAGAGCCAGAAAGCUAUGUGCCAAUAUUGUCACCGUCAGUUUGUCAAUUUGACUCACCUUAAUGAUCACUUACAAAUGCAUUGUGGAGAGAAGCCUUAUUAUUGCAUUCAGUUGGGAUGUAAUUGCAGCUUUUCCUCUCAUGCCGAGCUCCUCAUUCACAGAAAAGUGCAUGCAGAAUUUCAUGCCCAAUGCACCUAUCCAAAUUGUGAGAGAAUAUUCAAUGAGACGUACUUGUUGUAUGAUCAUGAAGCACAGCACUACACGACUUUCUCUUGCAGAAGACACAACUGUGACAUGGUGUUUCACACUCUGUCUGAGCUAGAUAUGCAUCAGCAAGAACAUGCAAAGCAGGACCACUUAUCUAUUGAUGAGGGCCUACAUUCUCAAAAGAAAUCACCACCUCCAAGUAACAUUCAAGCGGUUUUACAAGAGCCCAGCCUGGUAAAAAUUGAAUUCUCAGUUAGCAGAAUUUUAAACACCACUCAAGAUUCUACAGGACAUACUGAGCAUCUUGUAACAUGUCCAGCACUGUCAGAAAGUGAAACUGGUUCCCAGACAUCUGCCAUUCAGCCUGAUGGUUCUGAUACAAGUAUAAGUUUGCAGUCUGUUAUUGAGAGUACAGAGCAGUUGCAUCUUGAAUCUUGCUACGUAAAACUGGAGCCUAUUACUAUCAAGGGUGAUGAUCCUAUACUUGGAAACGCUCUAAAGAAUUCUGACAGUUUAUCUCAAACACUCUUAAAAGAUAAGAAGUUGUUUUGUUGUCCAUCAAGUCAGCUUAAACAUUCCGCUGUGAAAGAAGCCAAAACAGAGAAAAGUAUUUCUCAUAUCUGUCCAUUUGAAACUUGCACACGUAAAUACAGCACUUCAAAAAGUUUAUCAAGACAUGUAAAAAAGGUUCAUCCAGAGGCAUUUGAGGAGUGGAAGCUGUCAAAGAAGUACAAGAGGAUUGCUGAUCUUGCUGCAAGAAAAGCAUUGUCUGAGCGUACAACCACUUCUUCCCAAAAAAUGAAGAAAUGGAAAAGCCAUUCCAGACAAAUUGGUCAACCUGGUGAAGGAAUUAAACAGACAUGUUUGGACUCAGAUUCUCCCAGUAUUCUCUCUUGUCAUGACAGUAUGCCGCACGUAAAUUUAAAGUUGUCCUCUCAGCUGGAAGGCACUCAUGAUAAUGCAUCACCAAAUCCGUCAGAACUGACUCAGUUACCAUUAUUGGAGACAUGGGCAACAUCUGCGAUGGCUAACAUGGAUUCAGGUUUUUAUGUACAGAAUGACUACUCUCCUAUGACUUCAUCUGAUAAUCAACAAACCAACCCAUUAUACCAUUCGGAGGCCAUUUUAGAUUAUGCUUCUCCCUCUGUUUAUGAUGGCGUAAUCCCCCUUUCUGUGACUGUCCACACACCCUCAAGUGUCAUGAACGAAGCCUCAAAAUAUGUGUCAACCUCUCUUAGAGUACUGCAUGCCCUUAAUGGUGAUCAGACUUUUGACUUGUCACAGGUUGAGUCAGCAAGUCUUGAUCUCGGGUACAGUCAGAAUGGACAAAACCAUCCCAGUGAGAUUUCUGUCAGUGCCAGUUUGUUGCAAACUGCAUCUUUGCCUGAGCAGAAUAUCAGUCCAGAUGUUUUAUCUUUUUCUUCGGCUGCACCCGUUUCAGAGCAGUCACUGGGAAAUUCAGACAAAGAAAUCUGCACUGAUGGACUAUCAGACAUCAAAUGUUUAUCAAACCUUACCCCUAAUUUUAAGGAACAAUCUGAAAUUGUAUCCUUGUCAGUUGGCAGUGCUGUGUCCCAAGCUGAUAAGCAACAUCCAGAGGAUUUUUGUAAUCAUGAAUUGUCACAAAAAGGAACAGAGGGACCCCAGUCAGAUGAACAGAUUGAUUUACAUUCUGUUGAAGCCAAACAAGCCAAGAAAAUCAAAUCUUCUAAAAGAACAAAAUGGCCUGCAAUAAUACAGGAUGGGAAAGUUAUUUGCUGCAGGUGCUACAGAGAGUUCUCAAGUACAAAGUCACUUGGAGGUCAUUUAUCAAAACGGUCCCAGUGCAAACCUGUAGAUGAAAUUGAUCUUACUGCUGAUCUACCAACGUCAUUUCUUGAUUUUCUCAAUGAUCCUGACAUUUCAACCGUACAGAUGGCACUUUCUACAAAUAACACACAUAACCAAAACCACGAAUCUUUCGUCUAUCCACCGUUAGAAUCAGAUGACUUUAUUGAUAACAGUUUAACAAGCACGGAGGGUGCAAAUUACAACAUUCAGAACAGAAAUGCACCCUCUCAAGAACCAUCUGAACUGAAUGGAAAUUCCACCUUCUGCCUCCAACCCGUACAAGAAACCGCGAUAGAAACCAAACCUGAAUCUGAAAUCACUCUUGCAAAUACUGCAGAUGAGGAUAGCAAUAUUGUAGAAAUUGAAAGGGCAUUGGAACGUCUUGAUUUAGUUGGUAUGCUUAAUGUUGACACAUUUGUGCCUGAGAGCACAGACCUGCAUAUUCAAAGUUCUAAACCGGAAACGGAAAGUGAAUUAAAACACCCAAUUAAAAAUGAGAUGGAUAAUGAGCAGAACUUCAAUUUGAAGCCUUUCAGAUGUAGGGAAGACUGUAUGUAUGGAGCAAUGACAAAGGAAGCCCUAUUUAAACACCUUUGCAAGGUACAUUAUUAUAGUGAGGAAAGAAUUAAUGAAAUGAAGAAAAACCCAGACAAAUUUGCACCUUACAACUGUCAUCUAUGUUCAAAGACAUUUACCAGAACAACAGGCCUUAAAAUCCACUACAAGAAUGUCCAUCGUUUUUCAAAAGAAGAAAUCUCCCAAUUGAAAAUCGGCUUUGAUUGGAGAAAGAUCAGACAAUCAAAAAAGAAAAAGAAAAAAGAAUGCAAAGAUGUGCAUUUAAACCCCCUAACCAAAGCAGACAAUGACUUAUCAGGGCAACAUCAAGACCAAGUCAAUCCAAAACUAAGCAUGAAAUCUUUAGAUUCAACCGUAAAGACAAAAGCAGUCAGUGUAGCCACAGAGAAAACUAAAAGCCCUAUGCAAGACUCCCUUGCAGGUUUAAGCUCCAAAAGAGUGGAUUGGUCACAGACAAAUAUUGAAAAUCUUGAUGGGCUUUCUGCUCCAAAUGUAAACGAGCUACGCGGCACCUUGCUGACUCCAGAAAGUCAUGAACCAUAUGAGCCAGGUGCUUUUGCAGAGCACAAGUUAAGUGUAGAAAGUCCCUUACCCUUUGGCACAACAAAUGCUCCAGCGAAAGGCACUGAAAGUAUAACUCCACAGUCCAAUAGCACAGUUAAGACAGAAACGGCUGAAGUGGUUGAACUUAGUAAUAUGCUAAUGGUUAACAUUGAUUCUGCUGAUACACUCACUUUGUAUAGGCCAUACCGUUGUGUGCAUGAAGGGUGUGUGGCUGCCUUUUCAAUCCAACAAAAUCUGAUUCUUCAUUACAGGGCUAUGCAUCAGUCAGAACGUGAAGAAAAAACAGGCGCCAGGACUAAUGACGCUGAAGGGUCUGUCCGAUUGCAGGAAUACAAAUGCCAAGUCAAACAAUGCUCAAAAGUAGUCCCGAAAGUUACUAGUUUAUUGAAGCAUUAUCUUUUGCUUCACAAAUGCACAUUGGAAAAGACAAGUGCAUUGUUAUCUGGCGUUGAAGUAGGUACAUUUCAGUGUGACCAGUCAAAAUGUCCAGCUCACUUUACAUGUCAUUUGAAAUACAUAGAUCACAUUAAAAAUGAUCACAAGGCAAUAAAAGUUUCAGCUGAUGGGGACUUUGAGAGUGUGGACCUCACAUUCAAAUGUCAAUUUCAAGGUUGUGACAGGGUUUAUACAACCAAGUCCAACCUUUUACGACAUGUUAUGAAGAAACAUCAUGCAACUUUUGAAACUAUGAAAGAGAAACAGGAUAAUGGGAAUGCAGGUGAUGUUCAAACCAAAAAAAUAAGUGCAAGUACCGAUCCUAACCACGGAAAAGAGAAUAUUGCAAAUAACACUAAGGUGAAGAAGAAAAAGAAGAAUUUAAAAAAACAAGAGGACAUGGCCCAAAAUCAUUGGCUAACCUUAGCAAAGCCUGUUCUUAAAUCCACCGAGGAAGCAUUUGCAAUGUGCAAUAAAAGCUUUCCUGUACAGUACCCGUGUAUGCUCAAAAGUUGUGAUUCGGUGUUGAGUGCCGAGCAGAAUAUAUUGAAACAUUAUACCGCUCAUGGUCUUACAGAGAAGUACAUUGAAGAUCAGAGGAGCCAGUUCAUAUUUUGCAAGAAAAGCAAAGAAAUUAAGAUGGAGGAAACAGUACCUGAAGAUCAAACAGACAAUUCCAAGGGCAGUUCUCAAAUAACAGGACCAGAAGUUCAAACUUCGACAAACUCCGUUACAGUCGGUAAAAGUUGUGUCACUGCCACAGCCGGAAUCAAACGGAAAAGGGGUCGUCCACGAAAAUCUGAAUGUAAAAAGAAAAUCUGUGUUGACAGAAAGCCAAGUCUUCGUAACUGCUCUGGUGAUGGUGUUAAAUGUAUGCUUAAAGUCUCGGGGUCCAUACUGAACCCGUCAAAUCACCAAGACAACUAUGUUGGGAAUGAAGUUGCACUAAAACUGUACGGACCUUCCGAAUAUGAGACGUCCACCCUUAAGUUCAAUGAAGACUCCAGGUUACCUGCUAAACAAAAAGGAGAUUAUUGGACAUCACAGCAAACACUUAAACCAGUCACCCAAGACCGAGAUGAAGUCCAAUGUAUUGUUAAUUUUAGAAAUCCCCGAAGACUUGAAACUGUGAACAAUGUAAAAAUUGUUAUAUAUGACAAUAUGUCCACUAGUUCUGAUCUGCUAAAACAACUUCAAGACAUGCAGCCCAUAGUCAUCCUGAACAAAUGGCUACACAGUUGAUGGUUUGGUUAGAUACUGAUGUUUGCUUUUACGAAGCCAUGCACUCAGGACCACAUACUGUAUAUCACAUGCUGCUGGCAGGUACAUCAAGUUACACUUUUCACACAUUUAUAGUAGUUUUAAUGCCUAGUUAAUAGCAAAAAAUAGUGUUUAAAAAUCCUUUUGUACUAUACAUUUUGAUGUAUUUAUGAUUGUGUUUGUAUUUCUAAUAUUCCUAGAUAAAAGUGAAACAUUUUUAACAUUUCCAGUUUUAUGUAGGAUAAAAAAGAUAUAUCCCUGUGGGAUUUGUAUCAAUUUCUGUUGUUCUGGGAAAGUAUUUAUUUUUAACUUAACGGUUGUGUGUUAAUGUACUUGUCUUCCAUCCAAUAUUCAAUUAAAAUAACCUGAAUGCUCAGUGUAAACUGUAUCUGCUUCUGGUUUUGCAUCGUUGCAGAACAUGUCAUUAUAAAUCAGCAUGCUGUGGUAGCAGUUGAAGCACUUCAGAAUAUUAAGGUCUAAUUUGUCAAACAAUGAGUUAGUAUUAGGGCUGUCAAAAAACAUGCUAAAGCAUGCUAUUAAUUGUUUCACAUUCAUGCUUUAAAAAAUAUAUAUACAGUUAUAGUAUAUAUAUAGUUUUUGUCAUCCUUUGGUUAGCUUUACAUAAUAUGAUCACGCUCUUUUUCGUGCAAAGGCUUUAAAACCAUUUAACCACUUUUUCUAGUUUAAGCAGUGUUGGGUGUAACUAGUUACUAAGUAAUUAGUUACUGUAAUUUAAUUACUUUUCCCUUGAAAAAGUAAAGUAAGGGAUUACUCUUAUUUUUCUGUAAUUUAAUUAGUUAC